UUUAGCAAAUUGGUUAACUCUGAUUGACACCGCUAGGUGGCGCAUUUUCAAAAUGACGGCAGGUGAUUCCCCAAAGAUAUUUUUAACCGUAUGAUAGUCAACUUCGAGAACGUUUGAAAUGUCAGUAGGAUUCAUAUAGAGAAAUGGAAGAAGACAGCAGUCUGUUGCUGGGGCAUGUGACACAUGUCAUUGACCCUUCCAACUUUUGGAUCCAGAUUGGAACGGAGCAGCUGUUUGAGGGCUUGAAGCAGCUGGAGGAGGAAGUGCAGGGGUUCUGUGACGGGGUGGGGAUGCUGGAUCCCGAUGAUGCCAACUGGAUGGAGGAUGGCUGCUACGUUGUGGUCAAGUCUAGCAUCAGCAGCCAUAGUUCCUGGAGGAGGGCGCAGAUAGCCCGACACAACAUUGAGAAGGGGUCUGUGGAUGUGUUCUACCUGGAUUAUGGCACGACUGAGAUUGUGUCACUGGAUCAAAUAUGUGCCGCUGUUCCGGCGUUCUUCUUCGCUGUUCAUCAGCAUACAUGGAAGUGUUGUCUCGCUGGAAUCAGACCUAUUGCAAAGACAUGGACAAGUCGCGGCGUGAAGUAUUUUGAAAAGCUGGUCGAGGGAGAAGAGACUCUCCAGGUGUCGAUCGUGUCCUACGGAGCUUCUCUCAUGUGUCACAAGAUAGCCCUAUACUCAGGUGAUGGAGGGGAUGCCCGCUCUCUGGCCCACCUGAUGCUGGAGGAGGAGGUGGGAAUGGCGUGUGACAUUGAUGACGUUGCGGAGUAUGCCCAUGAGGUGGAGCGAGUGUUCCCUGAGUGUUCCACAGAGGACAUGCAGCAAGGUUGUCUGGAUGCUUCGGAGGAGAGACAUCGGGACGAGGUUGAAGAUCUGCCUAGCUAUGAAUCUAGUCCUGUCUCACAAUCAAGUCAUGAUGACCAACCUAUCUGCAAGUCAGAAGACAGCUCUGGCAGGAGCGUGUGUGAGCCCGCUGAGGAACUGACAGACGAGACACCUCCCCAGUCUCCAGCAGUGACCAUCCCGGGCUUCAACCUCAACACCAUCUUCAAGACCAAGAUGGCCACUGCAGACAUCAUCGCGCAGAAGAAGGAGGACGAGAGGAAGAAGACCAUCACGUCCGAGAUGGAAAAGGAUCUGAAGAUGGUGCAGCAGAAUAUGGAGGAAGUUGUUGUGGAGAAGGAGGAGGUCACUGAGUGGGGUGCCUCUGACUACGACAUAGGGAAGCGGGUGUUCAAGCAUCAGCCGGAUGUGUUUGCCCAGAAGGUGGCAGUGAUAAGAGAAGCUACAGGAGAUCAGAACUGGACCCCGAGCAUGACAGAGGGCCACGGUCCCCAGAAGCCAAUCCUGCAGGAACUCCAGGCAGAAGCAGUGAAGCCUGAGAUUCCUAAAACCAGUCAAGAUCUAGCACAGAUGACGGCACCCAGUACCAGCAGGCUGCAACCGCUGAAGUUAGGGGAUUCCCCAACGCCUGGCGAGAGGCUGGAGUCUCAGUUGUCCAAGCAACUCUCCAAGAUCCUAGACGAAGGGGAGAUAGAAGACCCAGGAGCCUUGUGUGAUCAGUUCAACAGAGUGGUGCAGCCAGGGUGUUUGAAGGAACCAUGGGGGCUGUCUGUCGCUAUUGAAGUUCUGCUGGAAACGGCCGUCACCCUCAGAGGCCCUCAUCAAGUCACCGUGCUCAACGUUCUCGACACGUAUGUAGAUUCAGCAAAUUUUGACGUAAGAAUGGAAACCACUUUACGACAGCUUGAGAGGAGAUUUGUCAAGCCUCCAUUUGGAAAGGCAAGAACCUACCAUAAAGAAUUUGGCCAGGUCCUGGGCCAGCUCCUCGUAUUGUCUCGACUGUGGAAUAAACACACAGCCGACAUGGUCCAGGGCUUUGUCUUCAACACAGUGGAGAAGUGGGCCAUCUACAACAGAAGUGGGUACCAAGUGGGCCUGCAGUAUGAGAAGACCCAGCAGAUGUACACCGACUGUCUGGAGGGGGUGUGGGUGGUGGCGGCAGACAUCAUCACCGACAUUGAUCCAUCCACUUUCGUCCGGGUACACAACUGGCUGCAGGACAAGGUCUUAGCUCAAUCACAUCCAAGGGAGAUUCGUAAGCAGGUCCUGAAGCUGUUGCUGAAGCUGAGUCCAGUGAAGGUAUUUCAUGCGGAGCAGGUUCGUCCAAAGCUGGUCAGCGUAGAGGUCCAGACAGAAACCUCGUCCUUUGCUGUCCCUGACCCCAACUCUACAGCACAGUCACACCAAGAGGAUAGCUCCCUGUUCAGCCACUUUGAUACCGAGAUAGAAGACAUCUCCCCAGUGGCUAGUGACAGUCGGUGCAGAGACGAGGUCAGCCCGGGGUAUUAUCAAUGUCCUGCCACCUCACUGCAUGCACCAGACCAGACAGUAACCAGUACAGCAGCUCCCAGCAUCCCACCAGCUCUUGCAGGGGAGUACAGCUCCUGGGCCAAGUGUGUCAGCUCGGGGAAACACAAAAACUCCUAUAUCAAAGGUCCCACGGACAGUGGUCUCAAAGCUUUAGCUCUCCAGACUUUGAGUGGCGAAAAAUAUGUUUUCUCUGGAAAAUUUAUUCAAGAUUUGCCUCCAAGGUUUAAGAAGCAUCUGAACUCCCAGCAGCAUGCUACAGAGGAGAGUCAAAGUAGUUCUCACUUCUGUCGCAAGGGGGAAAAGAACAGUGAGGCACCUGGCUUGGAUUAUCAGACUCCAAAAGAGGUUGACCAUGGGGACGGAAGGAAGGACCAUGGGGACGGAAGGAAGGACCAUGGAGUAGAUGAUGUGCAUGCUGGUAAAUCUGUGUUUACUAAGCGUGGGUUGGGCGAGUUCCCUUCGGUCAGGGACAUCCUCAACAGCAGCUGUGAGCAGAAUGAAGCAGGGAGCGAUACUGGGAGUGAGUCCCGGACAAGGUCCCUCACUCCUGUGGACUGGUGGAAUGCUGGAACUCACUCCCCGAAGGCAGGUCGGUCAAGGUCAACAAAGUCAAAUAGAAUGACCCCUCCAGCAUCACAUUCCCCAGAUCCAAGGUCACUUAUAAAUGUAAAUGCUGAAGAAUGGGUGCCAAUCACAUCACCAGGACGCAAAUCCUCUAGGACGCCUUUGGGAACAUCACCAGUGGGCAAAUCCUCUAGGACCCCUUUAGGAACAUCACCAGGACGCCAAUCCUCUAGGACCCCUUUAGGAACAUCACCAGGAUACAAAUCCUCCAGAGGAGAUGUAGGACUCAACUUAAGUUCUUCAAGUUCAGAAGACAUGAGUGUAUCGUGGAAAUCAGGUUUACGAAAAUCACGUCACGACUCAUCAUCUUCCUCCAUCAAGUCAAUCGUGGAGGACAUCUUUGGAAGUGGAGACAUCACAGUUCCGUGUGAGCAGGGUCGGGGGGCAGAGUCAUCUGAAGUUGAGAAGCUAGUGGUAGCAGACACCGACACCGACGCAGCUAACACCAGCUUCAGUGUGUCCGAGAUCACCAGCGAGGUGGAGGAUGAGCGGUCCACUGUGAGCAACUCCAAUGAUGCAGAGUAUCAGGGCAUCCCAAACUGUCACAUCCUUCCAGAGUACUCCAACCAAUAUGGCUUUGAUGACGAUUUAGAUGAAGAUGAUUUGGAUGGGUUUGUUUUGUCUGGGGAAGGCGACACUCCCUUGAAGGACUCUGGUGAGAGGGACAAUAGCUUCUCGUGUGUGGACACUGGAGGUGUUGAAGAGAUGGACUAUAUGAAGCCGUUGCCGCAGAGCCGGGAACAACCUCGACAACCCAGGUACAGUUGGGUUCCGGGGAAGCGCAGCUGUACUCUCUGUGGCUCAACAGACCAUACUGUAUACAGCUGCAAGAGCAAGAAAAGUGUCAUCAUCUGAGUCUUCAUCACAUGAAGGGUUAGUCCACUUGGAAUAAGCAGAAAUGUGAUAGAAUGUGGGGGCAGUGUUUGCAGCACAAUGGAGUUCAGUUGAAAUUCCACCUGGUCAAAGUAAUUUAGUUUUUCAGGCAAAACAUAUUCCGAUUUUAAAAUAAUGAAAACAUUCAGAAGAUUUGAUUGCCAUGACAGAAAUUUGAUUUAGAUGAAGGAGUAUUCAGAACAAUAAUUUUAUGCUGUUUUCCUUUGUCACUGCAAAGCAGAAGAUGUCCAGUUUUACCAGCAGUUUCAAGGCCUGAUCAUCACUAGUCAGUAGGUUGACUGUCAGGGUCUGUUUUGCAGGUGUUGUCGUUGGACUGUUGUACAUUUUGUGUUUGAGUAGUCCAUUAAAUGCAAACUCAGCAAACAUGGUGUACAUCUUUAAGGUCAAGGUGAACUGGAUACUAUCCUUUCCAUGGCCAAAGUGUAUCGAAACGGAAUGUUUUUUCGAGUUUCAACACGCCAGUAUUUUUUUACGGGAGAACAACAAAUCAGGGUAAUAAACGGAAUGAAAUAUGAGCUCUCAAAACACUGGACUCUUUUCCUCUUAGGAGUGCUGGACAUUUAUGACCAUUUUGGUCAUGUUUAUUGAUUAUUAUAUUCAAAAGUUAUAUAUGUGAGGUGAGGUGAAAUGGGGUUUAAUGUUGCAUCCAAUAUUAUUGUACUUAUGUAGCAACGUACAUGCAAGUGUGUGUGCGUUGCAUGCGCGCGCGUGCGCUUUUACAAGUCCAGACUAAUGCAGAGAUACUAUGCCGCAAUUUGAACAUGAAUACCCCACUCAAAGUAUACUGACUCCGAGCUGACCAGUCCAUGUGUUAGACCCUUAAUGACGAACACCAGGCAGGGUAACAACAAUUACCAUCUUUUAACGUCUUUUGGUAUGACGAGGCUGGGGAUCUACCACUAAAUCACCGAGGCAGAAAUGUGUCAUUGGACCAAGGAAAGCUGUAUGUUAUGAAUUACCGUGUGUUGGCUGAAACUAUGAGACAGGAUGUCUGUAAUGGCAUGAUAGGGAAAUCUUUAUGACAAAAUGAACCAGCAAAAAAAACAUAGUGGAACUUUGUUACGUUUAAUCAUGGAUUGGUUGAUCUCUUGAAAAAACGUAAUGGCGUUUUGAAAACCAAUUUUUUUCCCUACAUCAUAAAAUACAAUGUGGUUGUCCUAUCGUGAUAACAUGUGCUUGAGUGAGUGAGUUAUUAUUUACGUUACAUGGGCAAUAUAUCAGCCAUAUAGUGAUGUGAUUAAAACUGACAUUCCAAUAUAUUAAGAAGAGAAUAUAUGGAUGUCAACUUCUUUAUUACGAGGAACACAGUGUUUCGGGGUAUAUGCUUACUCCUUCAUCAGUAAGCAUAUACUCCGAAACAUUGUGUUCCUCGUAAUAAAGAAGUUGACAUCCAUAUGUUCUCUUCCUUGUGUGUAUCACUUCUAAAUGCCUUUCAAAGACCUUCCAAUAUAUUGUGCAAUGUUGUUGAAUAUUUCAUUAAUACUACUGGUAUUGUUGUUGUGACUGAGAACAAAGUUCAUACAAACAGGACAAAAAAUUCUGUAAGAUUAGUGAGGAUUAUUAAAAUGAAAGUUAUGGGGUAAUUUGAUUUUAAAUAUAACUAUAUGACGCUUGAAAUUAUUAAAACUUGUUCUUGUCAAUAUAUGGCUGAAACAAUGCUGUGGUGCAGCAAUGAUGUUAAAUAUUUUUUUUAAAAACUUCCUUAGAAAAAGUUAAAUACUUUUAAUACACACUCGCAGACAUCUUUAAUUUGGGUCACUCAGAAAUAAAGUGCUACCAUGCAAUGUUAUACUGUUGCCCAAGAACUGAAGAUAUUCAUUAUGAUUGUACAUUGUUUAUAUUUUGUUACUAAUCUACAAGGAUUACAAUAUUACUUUCUUAUUUUUACUGUCAAACCAAGAAUUCAAAAAAUUCUUUUUAUUAUUUUCUUGUUCAAGUAAUUUCAAACCCUUUCAGCAUAAAACCAGACAAUUUCAUCCCUGUUCACAAAAUUUUAGUGUAGAUUAUCUCUGUCCAGUCAAUGAUCAAUUAUUUAUUGUUAUUUUAGUCAUGUUAGAUGAAGUAACUUAUUUGGAAUAAUAUAUACCAAUAUCUAUUUAUUUUCUGUAUAAAAGUCGAGUUGUUGCCUUGGGCAGGUUGGGUCCCUUUGUACAAAGCCACUGUAGUGCUGUCUGUCGUCUAUGGUAAAGUAUAGGAGUUACGAUAGUCGCAGAACUACAACUUUCGUAAGUCUAUGGUAAAGUGUAGGAGUUAAGAUAGUUGUAGUUGUACAAUUGCGCUGUAAAACAGGGCCCUAUUGUAAGUGUUCUUCCAAGACCAAACUAUGUAUACACUUUGUGUUUACGGAUGUUGCUAGGAUAUUCAUAACGUGAGGAUGGUCAAAACAAUAAACAAAUUUGUGUUGCAUAAUAAAUUUAUUUAUUGGAGUUCUUUUUGUCGGUUGGUCUAGUGGGAAAAAAUAAAUGCUGUUUAAAGUGCAACAUGAUCAUAUUAACAUUCUUGGUAUGAGAAUUGCAUUGACCAGACUACAUACAAUACACUUAAUAUAUCAAAUAUUAUUUCAAAAGAUUACUUUUAAUUUAUGUUUUUGAAGCUGAUUUUUUAUAUUUCAAUCCAUAAUAGAGCAGUUAGGUUAAAAUAAAAGAAGCUGUUUUUAUUUUCUGAUUUUGGCUUUGGUUUCCGGGCAGUUGUAUUCGUAAACCAGAAAAUAUGGGCAGCCCAAAAAGGUGUAUGCAUUGUUCUCUAGGUGAACUACUGGAUCUUGUUGCUGUCAGUGUUUGUUGUCUUUCUUAUGAACCUUUCAACCCAACCUUGCUGUAAUAUGUCCGAAAAGGUGUUUAAGUUGGUUCAUUAAGCUGAUAAAUACAUGCUGGGUUUUCCCAUUUAAUGACACAAUGUCAACUGAGAUGCAGUUAAACGUUGAUGGUACUGCAGCCCAGUUUGUACUUUGAGAUUAUGAAUAAUGCCUGGAAUCUGUUCCAACAAGAGGUCUUGUCAUAUAAUGACAAUUAUUUUUCUAUUCAUAUGUAUCAUGUGUAUAAAGCCAUGAAGUUUUUCACUACAUACUAACAAGACAACAAGUUUUCAGUUGCCUGCGUGAUUCCAAGUUUCUCAGUUGUUUACAAUAAAUAAAUUUUAACAUUCA